AUGAACAAGCGCGAGAUGCUGCAAGAGGUGCUGCCCAAGGCCGGCCUUGUCUACUCGGAGCGCGGCAACUUGACUGAAGUGCUGUGCAAGCCCAAGAUCAUGCCCAUCAAGUCGCUCACGCUCCUCCAGCUCGAAGAGCUCGAGAAGCAAGCCCGCAAAAAGGUCGUCAAAGACUACGACUAG